AUGGCCCAUGCGGCCAUCGUCAUUCCCUUUGAUGCGAAGCAGCAUUCGCAUCUCACGCCCUAUCUUGCCGCCAUACAUGCUUCUUGCAUCACCCAAGACCGCAUCAUUGCCACCUUCUUGCCGCCCCUUUCACACGAGAAGCUUCUGACGUGGUGGAAGGAGCGGAUAGCUGAAGUCAACGACGGCAAGCGGUUUAUCUGGAUACUGGUGAUUGAGACCGAUCCCUCUGCAAGGCUCAAGGGGCCCGAAGUCAUGGGCGUGGUAAUGCUCUCGACACCGUACUCGGAAACAGGUGCGUUCCGGGGCACUGUAGAGAAGCUGUUGGUACACAAGAAUUUCAGGGAGAGAGGCGGUGCUCGGGCCCUCAUGGGAGCCUUGGAGAGGGAGGCUUCCAGGAUGGGGAGAAAGCUCUUGUUGUUCGACACGGAAACAGGCAGUGCUGCCGAGGCAGUAUUUAGAAAACUAGGUUGGGUUGAGUCGGGACGGGUGCCGGCGUACGGGUUGGGUCCGACGGGGGAGUUGAAGGAUGGCGUCUUUUUUUACAAGCAUCUCCAAUGA